GUUGACCGGAAGUAGACUCCGACCCACUCUCGUCUCUUUGCUCCGUGGCAUCUGCAACACAAGCUGCUGCCGCCGCUGGUUCCACUGCUGCGCUGCAGCUGGGAGCUCCCACAGGACGGACACAGACAGGAACAUGUGAUCAUCUCAUGGAUUCACACAGGACCAAUGUAUGAGGAUUCACUGGAGCCCAGAGCCAGGACCUUCACAAUAAAGCAACAUCAAUGGAUCUCCAGAUCUCUAAGAGGAUGUGCUCAAGCAUGUCGUAAGUAAUGUGAUCUGCAGGGGAAAGGGAAUGCCGACUUAUCGACUAUAGCUUGUAUGUGAGCGUGAUGCCCAGGCGGGGGUUGCCGCUCCAGGGCCGCGUCCGCUGGCUCUUCCUGGGGCUCUUCCUGCUGCUGGUGCUGCUGCUGUUUGCAUACCUGCUGGAGUGCACCCCUCCAGCAGACGUCAGCCUGGCACUGCCUGGCCUAGCGGGAGAGACCUACAGCAAGGAGUAUUACCAGGCCCUACUGCAGGAGCAGGAGGAGCGCCACUUGAACCGCGCCGCCAGCCUCAAGCGCCAGAUCGCCCAACUCAAGCAGGAGCUGCAGGAAAUGAGCGACAAGCUGAAGCUCCUGCAGGACAAGAAGGAGCUCCCUGGGGUGCAGGGCCUGGCAGAGACUAAAGACCAAGAGCCAGGAGAUCUGCUGGAGUACCUGCACUCUCAGAUCGAUAAGGCCGAGGUCAACACGGGGGCACGCCUGCCCAGCGAGUACGCCCUGGUGCCCUUUGAGAGUUUCACCUCGUCCAAGGUGUAUCAGCUGGAGAUGGGGCUGACGCGACACCCGGAGGAGAAACCUGUGCGCAAAGACCGCCGGGACGAGCUGGUGGAGGUCAUUGAGGCCGCACUGGACAUCAUCAACAACCCUGACGAGGAGGACGGCGUUGAGGACGACGUACCAAUGCAGAGACAAAUGUACACAGAGGUUCACUUCACUGAGGGACUGUACAGGACAGAGCGAGACAAAGGGACACUUUAUGAGCUCUUCUUCGCCAAAGAGGAUUCCAGCAGUUUCCGUCAUGUCACUCUCUUCAGGCCUUUUGGUCCUUUAAUGAAAGUCAGGAGCACAUCUGUAGAAACAUCAGGAAUGAUAAUUAACAUCAUUGUGCCACUGUCGGGCAGAGUAGAAACCUUCUCUCAGUUCUUGCACAACUUCAGGGAGGUGUGCAUACAGCAGGACAGACGGGUACAUCUCACAGUGGUGUAUUUUGGGCAGGACGGUCUUCUGGAGGCAACAUCGUCUCUGGAAAAAAUGUCAAGGGAGGAGAACUUCUCCAACUACACUCUGAUCCCCGUGGACGAGGAGUUUUCACGAGGCCGGGGUCUGGACAUCGGAGCCAACACCUGGAAGAAAGGUGACGUGUUGAUGUUUUUUUGUGACGUCGACAUCCAUUUUACGCUGGAGUUCCUGUACGCCUGUCGUCUCCAUGCUGCUCCGAACAAGAAAGUCUUUUAUCCAGUGGUGUUCAGUCUGUACAAUCCUGCCAUAGUCUAUGGAAAUUUGGAGCUGGCUCCACCUAUUGAACUCCAACUGAUUCACAAAAAGGAUGCUGGAUUUUGGAGAGACUUUGGGUUUGGAAUGACGUGUCAGUAUCGCUCAGAUUUCCUAAAUAUUGGAGGGUUUGAUCUGGAGGUGAAAGGCUGGGGUGUGGAAGACGUCCAUUUGUACAGGAAGUAUCUCCGGAGCGACCUGAUAGUGAUCCGAACGCCGGUGUCCGGCCUCUUCCACAUGUGGCACGAGAAGCAGUGUGCGGACGAGCUGACGCCUGAGCAGUACCGCAUGUGCAUCCAGUCCAAAGCCAUGAACGAGGCCUCCCACCCCCACCUGGGAAUGCUGGUUUUCCGUGAGGAGAUCGAGACUCACCUUCGCAAGCAGGCCUUCAAGACGCAGAGCAAAACAGAGGACUGAGCGAGCCUCAGACGAACCUGACGUCAUUCCAGUGUUAAAGACUGUGAGGUGCUGACGACACACACGUGUCACGGCACAGACAUGUUUACACGAAUCCUUCUGCAUUUCACCGCACAGUUGUAGACAAAUGAAUGUACAGAGAUGAGCGCUGAUCAAACUUCACAACAUGGUACAAGUCUUAUUGAAGAGUUACAUCUGCUUCACAGGUACAUGAUUCAAUUAACAAUAUUAAACCGACUAGAGGAAACAGUUACACUCGUUGAAUAAGUAAUAGAUUUCUUGGAUUUAAACUUUUGUUGCUUUUACAUGUUACAGUCAUUUCAAUUAGCAUGCAGUUGUUAAAGGAGACAUAUUAUACUCAUUCAGGCUUGUGAUUUAAUUUAGCUUAUAAAGGUUUACAUGCUCUAAUAUUGAUGCAUCACUGUUCUCAUACUGUUCUUGCUUCUGCUUCUCUUUUCAGUCUGUCGCUCCGCCCCCGCUCACUAUUUCCUGGGAUUGUUAGGGGGUGGGGCUAACUGCUAGGCAUCGUCACAUGACACAAUGAUGAGGUAGUCUCAUUCGCAUUACUGACUUUUCAGGAGUUCAUCAGGAGCAGUGGUUUCUUUCUUUGUGAGGGGAGAGGACAUUUGACUUUUUAACUUUGCAGACCUUUGACCUGCACAAAAAGCUACAUAACACACAAGAGGAAAGAAAACUGAAAAACCAGAAUGUCUCCUUAAACCUGGUACACAAGCUUCUCAUUAAUUCAUCCUACCUGGUUCAAACACAGCACCUGAUAUUCAGCCGGUUUCUUCACCGUGUUCAUCGUCUCUGCGGAUUUCCGUUGUUUUAGAUGAUUUGUGUUUUCCAAGAAAACGUGUUAGCUGUCACGGGUUCGAGUGGAAAAGAAAAAGUUGCAAAAUCUAAAUUUAAAUUUUUUUUAUUUUAAAUAAAACCAAUCUUCCACCUAACACAGUGUAGUAUGAGCAGUUGUAAAAGGAGCCAUAUUGUUCUGUUAGUAUUUUAUAUGUAUUAAUAUAAACACAGCACAAACAUGUCUCAGACUGACAAUGAGAUAUAAAAGGGACCUUUUCUUCGUGUUUUUAAUGUGACGUGUCCGUCACUUCCUUCCUUUUCACUGAUGACAGUCAUGUGUCUUCAUGUGAUCAUUAGAACAAAGAUGCAUGCUGAUGAACUAGUUGAAGAACCAGGAGCACAGAUCGGCUAACAGCAUGCAGCGCUUUGAUUGCUCAGGACUGUUGACCAGUGUUAUUGUCCAUUCGUUUCAGCCCAGUGAGCGUCACGCGCAGCUCUAUGAUUCCAAUACUGGACUGUGUUUGAAUGUUACAGCCACUAUUGUACAUACUUUUCUAACACUAUUCCUUUUGUUUCAUACAUGUGACUUGAGUACAUUUGUAUUUACCUACAUGCUUUAAGAGACAGGAAAUUACUGUUUGAGUCUUUGCCGAUGGCUGUAGGCUCAUUUUUUUA